AUGGAGCAUCCGGACUUCCUGGAGAAUGGGGAAUUUACGAAGCAAGUGCCACAUAAUCACAAUGGCAAGGCUACCUUGGCUACCUCAGAUCCAAGUUCAUAUCCAAUUCUUGUUACCAUCAAACGCUGUUCUAAUCUGUUUAUCACACCUUCUCUCAUAGCGCUAACAGCAGAGCCAGAUUCUGCGCUUAUCAAGAUGGCACACGUCGAUGGAGAGCAAUCUGAUUGCGACCCCUACUCUCCGAGUAUGGAAGAGUUUCGUGUCAAGAUCAGAAAAUGUCAAGACGCAUCAAUGGCUCGAUCUCGGGUCCAGAGUGUCCUGAGCAACUACAACCAGAUGUGUCCCGACAUGCCCAAGGCGAUUCAGCUAAAGGUCGCCAGGACGCACAAAAGCUCUGAACUUCUCAGCCUGGUUGGUUGUGGCGGCUAUUUGGCCAUCCCACCUGCUCGUUCUUGGCAUCGCAGACGAAAUGUCAAGCUCUGGGGGCAGAAGUUCCCUGAUACACGACCUUUCUUCCCUAAAAACGUCUCAGAGGAGGAGGCACUCCUCAAGUAUGAGGGAAAUUUUGUGACGGGGGACGACUACCCUCUCUCGGAUGUUAGCGAUGGACAUUCCAAAGACAACAACAAAGAGGAUUACAAGCGCAAGUCGAAUCUAGGCGAUAUUUUCGAAAGAGCCGCGAAAAAGCACAAGGUUGACCGAACUACCGCUUCGCCCAACCGUAACAUCCCAGAGCCGCACAAUGUGCAAAAGACCCCAGGUACUGAGGGCCCGGAACAAGGCAAAGUUUCGUAUCUCAAAAGAAAAAUCAAGGCACGGGACGAGCUUCUCAGCGAAAAAGACAAAGUCAUCAAACAGCAAGACGCGCAAGUCAAGAAGCUGGAGCGUCAACGUGAUCGAAGGUUCAAAGACGGAGACAAAGACUUCAGAAGGCUCUUCAAUUGUGUCAAAGCGCUCAAGACAAGCCUCAAAGAUGCGGCUGAAAAGGAGCACGAUCUGCAGGCGUAUGUUCGGCAACUGGAAGAUCAGAUCAAGAAUCGAGAUGAAGAAAUCGAGAAGCUCUCUGAUCGCAACAGAAAGCUCAGUGCAAAGAACCAGGACGGAUAUCGCACUUGGGAGAUGCACGCUGAGGGACUGGAAGGGGGUCGAGGCAAAGAAAUCAAGGAACUCAUUCGUGAUGACAGAACACUCGGGGAAAAGGUCAAAGAGCCAUCCGAUACGGAGGAGGAGUAA